UUCCACGAGAAGAUAACAGAGAUUUCAAACAGAAAAAGAGAAUUAACAUGUAGUUCUUAAUUUAACUGGGUAAUUUCUUGUAAAGAAUGUUCCCGUUACAGAUGUGGGAAGCGAACAUUAUUUUGUCGACAAAAUCUUUCAAAUAAUUAAAAUUACUUCUUCUUGUUUGGGACACCGUGAAACAACGCGUAUGACGCAGUUCUAAGCGUUUAUUCCGCAUACUACGCACAUUAGUGCGCCAACUGUGCCGCAAGGGGUGUACGAACUGGCGACAUACAUUGCGUCGCAGACCCACGUGCAGUGUGCAAUUUUGGAGCCCAAGGUCGGUCCAGCGCAGUUCCCCCUGUCGACCGACUUACGUCACGCGGUGCUCAGCGCUGUGGCUGGCAGGCAGGCUCCGACCGGCUGGCACGCAGUCGAGGUGCGGCCAUUGCCGGUUACAGAGGAUGCCUCAGUGCGCUGUGGCCACGUGUAGAAACAACCAUCGCAAGACCAAGGGGCGCCGAGUUCGAUACCACAGGUUUCCGGCAGAGGACGACGUCAGGAGUCGUUGGGUGUCGGUGUGUGGCCGCAGCUUCAAUACAGCCACAGCGCGGGUGUGUUCCCUGCACUUCUCACCCAACAGCUAUGAGAGAGACGUGGAGCACGAACUGCUGGGUCUGCCCCCCAGAAGCCGCCUCAAGCGGGGUGCUGUUCCCGACCGCGCCGUACCCAUCAGCCUGCCAUCUCUUAUCGGUAAAUGGAAACAGCCACGUCAACGCCAGCAACAAGUGAGCACUUCAAAACGCGGAGGACGCAAACCCAGACCUCCAGAGCGCGAAGACGAGGCCGCGGCUGCUGAUCGUGACGUCACUACCCGGUUCGACAUUCUCCUUGCGUUAGGCCUCAAACCCAUCAAGAAGAACCACCAAGAUGGCGCCGACUACCGCUACGAAGUUGCAGUAAAACCAUACAACGCUUCAACCCGAACAGCGGAGCCAAGGCGAGUGAAGAAUGCUCAGAAUUCGCAGAGUAGCAAAGCUAGCAAACCUGCACUAGUGACUUCCAGCCGCGCGGAAAUGCGGGAUUGAAGUCCACCUGUGCCCUCGAGGCAUGCAAUUUGGUGACGGCUACUACGACCCGGUAGAUGUUGAAUUGCGAGUAACGCUGAGGAACGUGUAUUGAGGCGGCAUCAGAUUCCUAAGACCAAUGGUUGGAACAACAAGAGGGGACCAUGUUCAGGAUGAAGAAAUUCAACAAUUCACGGAGAUAAUAAGUGAUAUGUUUCUGUCCUGCAAUAAUUUAUGUACGAUUAAACUUCUUUUAGACAAAUGAAAACUUUCGAUUUGAGAUUACCGACUUCUGAAACGUCCGUAUACGUUUACCAGACUACACGAUACAAC